AUGGCUCAGUGUUAUGAUCAGGAUGAAGGGCGUAUAAAUCAUGGAACAGACUUAGCAUUGGGUAUCAACCCAAAUAAAAGCAAGAGAGAAGACUUGGACGAGGAACGCCUGCAGAAGUGUCAUGAUGCAGCGGGUGCCCGCAAGUCCAAAAAGUUGGGGAAAUUGAAAGGGAUGCACGAGGAGCAGCCGCAGCAGCGGCAGAGCCCCGAGGAAGGGACGACGUACAUCGCGCCCGUGACUGAGCCCUCUGUAAACACAGCACUUGUCCCCCACAUGUCUGCUAUCUCACCAGCACUUACUCCCUCUCCUGUUAAGAUCCUUGAAAGCAUUGAACCGGAGAUCGUGUAUGCAGGGUAUGACAGUUCGAAGCCAGACACAGCGGAGUACCUGCUUUCCACUUUAAACCGCCUGGCGGGCAAGCAGAUGAUUCAGGUGGUGAAGUGGGCAAAGAUACUUCCAGGAUUUAGAAACUUGCCUCUCGAGGACCAAAUUACUUUAAUUCAGUAUUCAUGGAUGUGUCUGUCAUCGUUUGCCUUGAGUUGGAGAUCGUACAAACAUACAAACAGCCAGUUCCUCUAUUUUGCACCAGACCUGAUCUUCGAUGAGGAACGGAUGCGCCAGUCUGCUAUGUUUGAACUGUGCCAGGGGAUGCACCAGAUCAGUCUGCAGUUUGUUCGCUUGCAGCUUAGCUUUGAGGAGUACACUAUAAUGAAAGUUUUGCUGCUGUUAAGCACAGUGAACUCACCGGGCAAGAAUUCCCCCGGCAGAAGGAGGCUGGAUGUUGGGGGCAUUGCAGGGGGGGAGGAGGAGCGGGAGAUCAAAGAGGCCGCUGCACCUAUUCUGGCUUUCGCUUGCAAGCUGUCGGCAGCAGGGUGCACGCCCGGGGCUGCCGGGGCCGGGGGCUGCCCGGGCUCGUGCUGCGGAGAGCGUCUCCCCAUUCGGUGCAAGCUGCGAGAAGAAACGAACGGCAAGCGACAGGCGCUAGUUGUGCAGCGCUGGAAGGCGCUUAUCGCCGAAACCGCUGAAGGACGCCAGAGCGGGCUGAUGCAGCAGCAGAUUUAG